AUGAAGACUCCGGCUCCCCUUCAGACUGAUCUGAAGGCGAAUACGGAUGCCAGACUACAGCGAAACUAUAGCAGUCCAAGAUUGGAAAACCGCUUUCUGGCUCAAGCUCCCUCAGCAUUGUCUUACCAUCAGUACACACCUCCAUCCUGGGCCAAGCAGACGUCCACCUCUUCACCAUGUCCAGCACUCCAGCCAACCGGCCUGUCCUCCACCAUGGCCACCUCAUCUCUCACCUCAUCUCUUCUGUCAUCCACAAUGAUGAGCUCACUAUCCUCUUCCUCCUCUCUGCUGAGCACCAAGAAUACCCUCCUAACGAAGCCUUCACUUCAUCCUCCAGUCUCAUUCUCCUUAACCUCCUCCUAUUCCCGUAAUCCUUUACUCUCUUGCUCCAAAAUGUCAACUCCCAGUGCCAUCCAACCUGUCUGCUCCUAUCCAUCACCUUCAAUGGAGAAUAAAGUGGGCUCAAAUGAAAAGAGAGAAGUGGAAGACAUGCUUUUUUCACCUAAAGAGCUGCUGGGAUCUAGUGAGGAGCCUAGACAGGAUGCAAGAUGUGAAAGUUUGGAGGAGGAUGACCAGAUGCUGUCCUCUGACAUGCCUGUUUUGGGUAUGGAUUUAGAUGGAGAUGGAGAUGGGGAGCAGACCGUAGCUCCUCAGGAGGAAUUUGGUGUGCUUGAAGCAAGCGAGGAUGAGCAUCUUGACGAAUUGAGGGACCGAAAGAACAACCUGCUGAAUAUGGUGUGCUGCUCCCUGGUUAAUAAGAGCUGUACCCCGGGUCAGAAGGACUGGGAUAAGAAGACAAGUGUGUGGGCCAUUAUUAAAGUUCUGGCCACAGAGAUUACCACCGAAGACCCUGAGUUUCUCCUAAAGCUUCUGGCAACAACCUCAUUUGAUGGACAGGUGGAGGUAUGGGAUAUAGCGAGUGGUUGCAGAACUGCCCACAUGAAUGCCCACUCCAACAGCAUCACAGGAUGUGAUGUCAGUCCAGAAAAACUAUUUGCUACUGUUUCACUAGACUUAAACUUGAAGGUGUGGUCAGUGCAGAAGAGCACAGAGGUGGCCUCUUUCACGAAUCUCCCCCUUAACUGUGUGAACUUUGACCUUGAGGGUCAGCUUGUGGCAGUGGGAUGCUGGGAUGGAGCUGUUCGCUUGUGGAACUGGCUUGAACAAAAAAAUAUAUGGACUCUGUUGGGUCAUCAGAGUUCGGUGCGGAGUCUGUCUUUCUCUCCCUGCUCGUCCAUAUUGUGCUCAGGCUGCCUGUCAGGAGAAGUGCGGCUCUGGUCGGUUCCAACAGGUGCUUGUGUGGGCAGUUAUCAUGCUCACCGUGGCUCUGCGCAGUCACUAAACUUCCUGCAGGGAGGAAACCUUUUGCUGAGUGCUGGACAUGACAGUGUGGUUCAUGUAUGGUCUGGUGGUCUUGGGCAAACUGUUGCUGUCCUAGGAGAAGAAAAGAUACCAACAUUGCAAAAGCAAAAGCGCACCAGACGUGGAAAUGAAGAUAAAGCUAAUGCUCUGUGUGUGGCUGUAGCCAAUGGAUAUGCUGCUGUGGGCUACCAUGGAGAUGGUGUCAAAAUGUUCAAUUUGAAAUCAGGAGAGAAGGUUUGGGCCAGUGAGGACCUCCCGGUGUCCAUGCUCUGCCUCAUGUGGAUGGAGGACAAAGAGACAGAGCUGCUGCUGUCAGGGGGCAUGGAUCACCGUCUCAGGGUCUGGGAAAGGCAAGGAGAAAACCUUGUGUCGAUAGGAUCUUUUGGUGCGCAGAAGGGACCUAUUCUCGCCCUGGCUCAAAACUCCACCUGCAUGGCUUCUGCGUCUGAUGACUUCACUAUUGCUCUGUGGUUGAAGAAUACAUUGACUUCUAAGCCCUGGAUUGACCCUAAGGCGAUGUGUAUUUUGAGAGGUCACAAUGGAGGGGUCACAUGCCUUGCCUUCAGUCCUAAUGGGAAGGAGUUGCUGUCAGGAGGGAAAGAUCAGGCUUUAAUGAUAUGGAAGGUAAACGCUUCUCCUCCAGUUCUUUCCCAAUGCAUUUCCAAUUGCCAUGGAGACUGGAUUACAGGAUGUGCCUGGACAUCAUCUGCUGUGCUUAGCUGUUCGAGUGACUGUAAGCUGCGGUUGUGGGAUAUCCAGACAGGACGUUUGCUGAGAGAGAUCCUCUCUAGUUCAUCUUUGAGCACAUUGUGCCUUUGGGAGGAUUAUGUAAUGGCAGGCUCUACAGAUGGACUGCUGAUGGUUUGGAAGUGGGAAUCAGGGGUAGACAUCACCAGGAUCCAGGCCCACAAGUCACGUCUCAAUCACUGCACUGUUGUUUUUCAGUCAGAUCUGGAAAACAAUUUAAAAUUAGAAGACUUAAUGGUAGCUUCAGCAUCAGAAGAUGGAACUGUUAAACUCUGGCAUCCAUUGCAGGUACAGCAUUAUAACACUCUGCAUGGUCACAGUGCAGAAAUCCAAGCUUUAGUGUGCAAAGAGGCCGGACUGUCAGAGUUUCUCACUGUCUCGGUGGAUCGUUCCCUCAGGUCAUGGAGCGUCACCACAGCAAUGGAAACCCCUCGCUGCCAGAAGGGCAGUGUCAGAGCUGUGUGCUUCCUGGGUACUGGUGAACUCAUGGUGUGUGGUUAUGAUACAGGCAGACUGGAGAUAUGGCAUCAAAAUUCAAUGGUUUACUGGAAGAAGGUCAGUGAUGGCAGCGUAUGUGCAGUCACUGGGAUGCCGGACGAUGAGCUGGCGGUGGGUUGCAGUGACUGCCCUGUGUGUAUCUGGAAGCUGGAGCGGGACUCCAAGAAGAGCAUUGUGGGGCUUAGCAAGGUGUCUUCAUACAAUACCAUGGUUCCUGUGAGUUUUUUGUUCUACUGUGGCAGUCUGUUUGGAGUAUAUACAGAUGGAAGAGUCGUUGAUGUGUUCUCUACCUGCAACAGGACCAAAGAAGCUUAUGCCUGGCAAAAUGAUGUACGUCCUCUCGGCGUGAUGGCGAAUGAUAGCAAGAGCUUUUGGCUGUUGGGACAGAAACAGGGUGUUCUGUAUGUUGGCCUCCUUUUGUCUGUGAAUCCAAGUGGGUCAAGCUUCCAUUUAUCCUUUUGCGAUGAUGUGAUGGGUAAGAGGCCUCAUGAGUUAGAGGCAGAGGAGGAAAGGGAGGAGAGAAUGGAGGAGGAGCAGCAGCAGGAGGAGGAGAAACAGCAGCAGGAGGAGCAAGAGCAGCAACAGGAGGAGGAAGAGCAGGAGGAGGAGGAGCAGCAGCAACAGGAGGAGGAAGAGCAGGAGCAACAGGAGGAAAAGCUGAGUGAGGAACAGCGGAAAGAGAGGCAAAUUGCAAUCCAGAAGGCGGCGCAGAUCAGUACCUGGAUCACAUCUGCAGCAAUGCAGAACGACUUUUUUGUGUGUGGUGAUUGUAAAGGGAACAUGUGGUUCAACCAGCCUCCUAAUCUGUCCUCCUGGACUCAAAGAAGACCGGCACACACAGAUAAAGUGAGUGUACUGAGGCUUACCGAGAACCUCAUCAUCUCAGCGUCUUAUGACAGAACUGUUAAACUGUGGGACAGACACACUAAGAAACAGCUGGGCAUGUUUGUGUGUGGAGGCCCUGUCAAGGUGCUGGAGGUGAACCCAUGUGACCCCAAGAAAUUUGUUUGCGGUGAUACGCAGGGUCAGCUGUACUUCCUGUCUUGGAAAGGUUGAUUGCUUGAACAUCAGUCAAAGGACACACUCACUUGUUGCAUGUCAUUAUUCAUAAAUCUUUUUUUUCAUCAUGUGUAAUGUUGAAUUCUGCACAUUUUCAUUGUAAUUUACACGCAAUGAACAUUUUGCACUAAUGAUACAAUUGCCUUAACACUAGUAAGCUGUUCUUUUUUUUUUUUUUUUUUUUUUACCUUUGGAGAAAUAAAAAAAAAAUCCCCGUUUAUUGAAAUGGCAUGAGUUUGUACUGUUGCCAACACUUGCUAGAUCUACAACUACAAAAUUAAAUUGUAUUGGUUGCAUGUUAGUGUGAAAAAAAAAAAAAAAAAAAAAAAAAAAAAAAAAAAGAAAGUCACACUCAAGAUGUUUGAUCUGGAGACCCCAUAUUGAAAUAAAUGGGGAAAUUAUAAAAUGUAUACUUUUCUUUUUUAAUUGGUCGAAUAAAAUCACUAAAUCAAUGCAGAACACAAAAUACACAAAAUGAAGUGGCAACCCUUCCACUCAUCCACAAUGUGGAACACUUUUGGUUGCACACACACAAAAUGAAUUAGGAAUUUUCCAUAAAAAGUUGUUUUUUUUCCACACCUAUUUUUUUUAUUUUAUUUAAAAUGUAUUUACAUACAUUUAAAAAAAUAUCAUAAAUCCUCCCAAAUGUAGAGUAAAAACAUUGUUUUUGUGUUCUUUUUUUUUUAUUUGACAGUCACUUGAUUAUAUAUUCAGUUACAUUAAGUAAAUUUA